AUGGGUCAUUAUCAUGUGAACCCAUCAUUUCUCCUACUUUUCUUCAUCACUCUAUCGCCGGCAGUGGUGAACAUGGUUCAAACCGAGGCCAGAAACCUCCUGGAAAUAACGUUGCCUGAACUACCCUUUCCUGAAAUCCCAACAAUAUUACCUAAACCUGAAAUACCAGAAAUUCCAAAACCGGAGUUACCAACUUUGCCAAAGCCUCAACUCCCCGAAAUUCCACAUCCGGAGCUGCCAUCCAUUCCAAAGCCUGAAUUUCCAGAAAUUCCAAAACCUGAGCUGCCUGCAUUUCCCAUGCCAGAGCUGCCAACCAAGCCAUGA